AGGACAGAGGUGGGCGGGUUGGGGGAUUUUUCUAAGGAAUUCCGUGGAUAUGAACUUGGGGGCUUUGGAACCGCGCUGGUUUGGAAUAUCUACGUGCUGAUCGCCUCUUGGAGUGGCAGAAACCGAGCGCACUUGGGGAGGACGACCGGCAAAAGAGCAAGAUGUCUCUGGCCACCUUAUACUUCGUUUUGCCCUUAAUGGAAGUCCUCUUGUCCGCAGAAGUGAGCGGGCUGCUUGGAGGGGAACGCCUGGAUUGUGUGAAAGCCAGCGACCAGUGCCUCAGGGAGCAGAGCUGCAGCACGAAAUACAGGACACUGAGGCAGUGCGUGGCAGGCAAAGAGAGCAACUUCAGUCGGGCGACAGGCCUGGAGGCAAAGGACGAGUGCAAGAGCGCCAUGGAGGCUCUGAAGCAGAAAUCUCUCUACAAUUGCCGCUGCAAGAGAGGCAUGAAGAAGGAGAAAAAUUGCCUACGUAUUUACUGGAGCAUGUACCAAAGCUUACAGGGGAAUGACUUGCUUGAAGAGUCGCCUUAUGAACCAGUUAACAGCAGGUUAUCAGACAUAUUCAGGCUAGCACCAAUUGUAUCAGUGGAGCCUGCCAUAUCAAAAGGGAACAACUGUUUGGAUGCUGCAAAAGCUUGUAACCUCAACGAUACCUGCAAGAAAUACCGAUCAGCUUACAUAACCCCCUGUACCAGCAGUACGUCUAAUGAAAUCUGCAAUAAGCGGAAGUGUCAUAAGGCCCUGAGGCAAUUUUUCGACAAAGUCCCCCCGAAGCACAGUUAUGGGAUGCUCUUCUGCUCCUGCCGAGACGUUGCAUGUACAGAGAGGAGACGGCAGACUAUUGUCCCUGCGUGUUCAUAUGAGGACAGGGAGAAACCGAACUGCCUGAAUUUACAAGAUACUUGCAAGACGAAUUACAUCUGCAGAUCUCGCCUUGCAGAUUUUUUCACAAACUGCCAGCCUGAGUCACGAUCUAUUAGUAGCUGUCUGAAGGAAAACUAUGCUGACUGCCUCCUUGCUUACUCUGGGCUUAUUGGCACAGUUAUGACUCCAAAUUAUUUAAAUUACAACAGUCUCAGUGUCGCUCCAUGGUGUGACUGCAGCAAUAGUGGAAAUGACCUAGAAGAAUGUCUGAAAUUUCUGAAUUUCUUCCAGGAUAACACUUGUCUUAAAAAUGCAAUUCAAGCCUUUGGCAAUGGUACAGACGUGAAUGUGUGGCAGCCCUUACUACCUGUCCAGACAACCACAGCUUUAACUACGACAGCUUACAGAUCUAAGAUAAUGGGACCCGAGAACACCAACAAUGAAAUACCCACCAACAAUGACUUACCAGCAUGUGCCAAUCUUAAGGUACCAAAGCAGAGUUUCAAUGAAUCUGUAGCCACGGAACUGUGUGUGAAUGGGAAUGCUCUUGGGAAAGGAAGCGUGGCAGGCGGCUCCACUAGUCACAUGUCCUCUGACAAUUCAUCUCCUCUUCGUAUAAGCAUCUGUCCAAGCACACUUCUCAUGCUGGUGGCAAUUGCACUCUCAUCUUGCUUGUGCCCACGUUCAUCAGAAACCUCAUAUCUGCUUUAACAAAAGGACUUGUACAAAGAAAAGGAAAUAAAAUGAAGCUGAUUUGUUCCCUGUCCUCCUCUGUUAAUUGUUCUGAAAUAAAAGUUCUAGGAGCUAAGUUGAAGCACUUUGCUAAAAAAAAAAAAGUUCUGGAUUGUCAUCCCCGACUUCAUUAUAUUGUAUUAUAUUAUAUUAUAAUUUCCUAAUUUUUAAAGGACGCUUCUUGUGUUACUUAGGAGCCUUGUGAAAUACUUGAUGCAGUAUUACAUUCCAAACCCAGAAGGCUUUGGGACAUGCAAUGUUUUAAAAGAGAUGGAAUGUCAAAUUGCAUGUAAAUCAUCCAGAUUUCAUCCUUUCCUUCCUUGUUUUCCUUGUCCUCGCCUUAAAAAAAAUCUGCCCAAUAAAAAAGAGGCCAUGUAGCUUAGAAUCCUGAUUCUCUCAUUUGCAGCACAAUUAGCCAGGAAGUUCUCCUGUGCAAGACCCAUUGUAAUAAAGGGGAUCUCAGCCAGAGCAUUUGAGUGCUUUUGUGCAGUUUUGAAUUAUUUCAGUGUAUGAUGAGAGCAAAGACACACCCUAGCUGAAAUCGGUUCCAAAGCCAGUCAUGGCUUCCAAUUGGAGUGGAGCUGUUUUUAAAGGGGAUCCAGGAUACCCUUGAUUUUUCUGACAGGUUUUGGGCCCUUUCCAUAAAUAUUUGCUAUGUGAACCUCACAAAGACGUGGCUCCCUAGGAAGUCUCCUGCAUACUGAGGAGGCAGCAGUCUUGUCACCUGCUCCCUUGGCAGACCAGAAACCUCUAAGAAGACAAGGGAGGCCUUGCAUAAAGAAUUUCCUGGGGGAUUUUGGCCUUGACUGUUUAAUUAUUAUUAUUAUUGUCAAAUUAAACAUAUUUUGAAGUAUAUAUAUUAAAAAGGGAUCAGGCUGUUGACAUAUGAUGAAUGUCUUCCUGGAGUGUGAAUUUUAUGAAACUUCUUCGUGUUUAUAGAUGGCUACCAAUGUUUUAAUGUUUUAGCAUUCUCUUCCAUGUUUAUAUAUGUAAGUGGUUUUGCAGUCCUUGCUGUGAAACCAUUGUAAGUCAUAUACAAAUGUAAUACACGUUUUCUUCAAAAUUUCUGAAGAAAUAGAGAGCGAUAUUAAACUUUCUAACACUGCUUUUAUUUUUCUGUUUAUGAUCAUUUAGCCAUGACAAAAAGUAAAAAAGAAAAGAAAAACAUAUCCUAUAUUAACAAAACAACCAUUGUGAAUAUUUCAGUAACCUAAAAUUCUUUUAUCUUUCUGAGGAUAUAUUUUAAAAAAGACAGAAAAGUUCAGCUAUACAACUGUUGGUCUUUAUUGUAAUUAUACAGUUUAGUUAUUUUACUGUUGAUUGAAUAAAAAUGACAUGAAUCUUAA